AUGUUCUAUGAAAGCAAUGCAAAUCAAGCUGGGCUUGAUAGAGAUAAAGAAUUUGAAGAUAAGUGUGCUAAUAACAGUUUAGAUAUUAUAAAAGGCACGAAGGGAACCUUCAGAUUAUAUACUUAAGAAGGAAUAAUAUGUUUAGCUACAGCAGGGGCUGGAUUUAAAUGGGAAUAUCAAUAAUAAUCACAAUUCUGGAUCCUUACUUAGAUAAAUAAUACUCUAUUUGGAAAAAAAGUAUACAAGUGUGUAAACGUAUGGUGGUUUGCUCCUAGAUGGAUUGUAGAAAAAAUACCACCUGGUGUUUACCAUGUUUAUAUUCGCUAAGGUAACAGUAAUGUUGAUCCAAUGUGUCAAUUUUCACACUAUAAAGGUGUUGGUUUUGAAGAGCAAUUUAUUGAUGUAUCGCUCUAAAAAUGUUAAAUACCCUUUCGAUAAAAUCAAAAUCGUCUCAUUAACACAUAUGCCGCAACUCUAGACCUGUCGUAGGCAGAAGGAUUAACAGAUAUUGAGAUCUAGCUCUUCAGAAAAGACAUUUAGGUUUAUAAUUAUUUAGUAGAAGGGUCAAUACUUGUCCCAGUUGAGUCGCUUGAAUAGCCUCCUAAUUUCUACCUUAAAUUGAAAGCAGACGUUGAUUUGAUUGACAUGGAUUGGAAUUUAAAAGUAAAAGAUAUUAAAAUUGUAUCUCCGAUCAUUUAAUAAGGCAAUAAUGAAGAAACUGAUCCAGAUCGAUAAGGCACAACAAAAUUAGAUGAUAUUUAUGCCUAAGAAUCUGAUUAAUAUUUAGUAGAAAGAUUGAAGAGUACUUAUACUUAAAUCUGGGAUAAAUAUGAUAUCAAUAGAAACGGUUAUCUUGAUAAGUCAGAAUUUAGAUCUUGUCUAAUAUAUUUAUUUGAGACAAUUAAAUAUCCUAUUGAUGAUUAUAAAAUAGAUUAGUAUUUCAAAAAAUCGGAUACCUAUCAAUCAGGUUAACUCACUAAAUAAUAAAUUCAUUGGUUAUUAGAAUAAAUUGUCGCAAUCUAAGUGAAGUAAGAAGAAUAGAAAAAAAAAUAAGAAAAAAUAUAGAAAUAGGAAGAGGAACUAUAAGCAUAGAAUGAUAACGCUAAAAAGUUGUAAGAAGAGUUUGAAAAUGGAAAAAUUGCAAUAUAAGGAACUCUAAUAGUUAAAAGUAAAGGUAAAUCACUUCCUGAUAAUGAGCAUGCUGUUGAAAAUUUAAUUAAAAGUGAAGGUAAAUGGAGAAUUGAAGAAUGCGAUUAAGCUAUAAUUAUAUUGAAUUUCGAAGAAGAAAUUGAAUUCAUGGUAAUUGGAAUUAAAAGCGCUGAUGACUGUCCUAAAAUGGAUCCUGAAAUGAUUGAGAUUUCAAUUUAAAAGGGAGAUUCAUAUGAAGUUGUAGCAUCAAAAGAUAAUCUAUAGUUUGAUGAAAGAUUUUAAAAUAGAUUAUUCAAGCCUAAUGAACUUGGGUUAAAGACAAAAAGCAUAAAGAUUGAUUUGCAAUCUGUAAGUAAUGAGGGAUUGCAAUUAUCUGAAAUUUUGCUAUUUAAUAAAGCCACAUGA